ACGGCCACAAUCACAGGACACUGCGAAACCGCAGCCAUGUCCUUCGCCCGUGCAACACGGCGACCUCCCUUGCGGCCAGAAUCGCCACAGGCGCGAGCGUGUCGCGAGAGGCCGCCCUCGAGUCUUUCGCCCAGGAGGCUCCGGCCUCGCGCCCGUCUCUCGAUGUCGUCCUCGGAGCCGUCGACGUCGCACCCGGCCUUCUCGUUGAGGACCUGCGCCUCAUCACGGGCCUUGAACUCUUUGUCGCCCUGCCCGAGUUUUCAAAGCAUUUCCAGGGCCUCAGUUCAGUCGGCAACCUCCGCCCGCAGCUCUCUGGCAAAGCUCCUGGAAAAAUGCCAAGCUGCACAAAGGCAGCUGGACACAGAGCUUUGUGCGCUGAAAGGCAUCAGUUGUGAGGUAGAUGCUCGCUUAGCACAGCAAUUAAGGCGGAGGUUUAACCUGCUGGGCACCUCUCCGCCAUGUGAGGAGGAUCGCCGUUCUGAGAUGGAGGGAGCGUUGCGAAAGCUCCAGGAAGAAUCCUCAAGAUGCAGGAUGGUCAAGGAUCACAUGGAGUCCUUGAUCAAGACUGCUGCUCAGGUUCUGACUGGUCAGGAACUGUUUGACCAACGCCCAGCCUCCGUCCCGGCCUUUGCGAUCCAACUGCAAAAGCAACUCAAUGCAAAGUUGCAGGAGAGUCGAGUCAGAUGUCGCGAGAGCGCCAAACUGGGUCUGGAGAGCUUGCGGAAGACCGAGCUUCGUGAUGUGGAGGACAUGGCGCCUUUCACCCUGUCCCUGCCCUUGCCUGCCACUGCUCAGCUGGCUGCAAGCACUGCUGCGCUGCAACUGGUGGAAAAGCUUCGGCACAAAGAGAAGGAGCCCGCCUUGCAGUGGCCGGAACCGAUCCCAUGCUUCCACGGUGGUUUGGAUGACCUGCAGUGCCGAUGGCCAGAUGAUGCGGUCAUCAAAGAGGAGGAGGAAGAGGAAUCGGUGGACAUGUCCCGGAGCUACUCCGGGCCAACGACCGUGGAUGUUUGCGCAUGAGCAGCAAAAAUAACCGUUUGACUUACGUUUGAUCUGCGCUCCAACUUCAUCCGGUUAGAUCUUGCCACAAUUGGCCAAAUGGGAGACUCAGCCAUGAG